GUCGGAGCUGGCUCGGGAAAAAAGGAAUGGACGCUCCGCGACGCAGCAGCAUCCAUAACAAGUGAUGAGGGUUUUAUAAAAUACGACAGUCACAUCCCAAAAUAUACAACGAAAGAACGAAGAGCAGCCUAUAUAAUGUAUGGCUUUGUGAACCACGCGUUGGAGCUGCUCGUACUGAGGAACUAUGGUCCGGGGAUUUGGGAAGAUAUCAAGCGAGAGGCCCAGCUGGAUGUCGAGGGCCAGUUCCUAGUGAGAAUUAUUUACGAUGACGCAAAAACCUACGAUCUUGUGGCAGCCGCCAGUAAAGUCCUCAAAAUUGACGCAGGGGACAUUUUACAAAUGUUUGGGAAGAUGUUUUUCGAGUUUUGCCAGGAAUCGGGAUACGACACUAUCCUGCGAGUGUUGGGGUCAAACGUCCGCGAAUUCCUCCAAAACCUGGAUGCCCUUCACGACCACCUGGGCACCAUCUACCCCGGGAUGAGGGCCCCGUCGUUCCGCUGCACGGACGCGGAGCGAGGCAACAACCUGAUCCUGCACUACUACUCCGAGAGGGAGGGACUGCAGGACAUCGUGAUCGGCAUCAUCAAGACCGUGGCCCAACAGAUCCACGGCACCGAGAUCGAGAUGAAGGUGAUCCAACAGAAGAGCGAGGAGUGCGACCACAUCAAGUUCCUGAUCGAGGAGAAGGACUCGGAGGAGGAGGCCUUCUAUGAGGACCUGGACGGCUUCGAAGAGAACGGCACCCAGGAGACUCGCAUCAGCCCCUACACCUUCUGCAAGGCCUUCCCCUUCCACCUCAUGUUCGACAAGGACCUGGUGCUCACGCAGUGCGGGAACGCUAUCUACCGUGUGCUGCCCCAGCUCCAACCAGGGACCUGUAACCUCCCGUCGGUCUUCUCCCUGGUGCGUCCGCACAUCGACUUCAGCUUCCACGGCAUCCUCUCCCACAUCAACACCGUGUUCGUCUUGCGGAGCAAGGAGGGCCUGCUGAACGUGGAGCCGGUGGAGAACGAGGACGAGCUGACAGGCGUGGAGAUCAGUUGUCUGAGGCUGAAGGGCCAGAUGAUCUACCUGCCAGAGGCCGAGAACAUCCUCUUCCUGUGCUCCCCCAGCGUGAUGAACCUGGACGACCUGACGCGCCGCGGCCUGUACCUGAGCGACAUCCCGCUGCACGACGCCACCCGGGACCUGGUGCUGCUGGGGGAGCAGUUCCGCGAGGAGUACAAGCUGACCCAGGAGCUGGAGAUCCUCACGGACCGCCUGCAGCACACCCUGAGGGCCCUGGAGGACGAGAAGAAGAAGACCGACCGAUUGCUCUAUUCCGUCCUGCCGCCGUCUGUCGCCAACGAGCUGCGCCACAAGCGGCCCGUGCCGGCCAAGCGCUACGACAACGUGACCAUCCUGUUCAGCGGCAUCGUGGGCUUCAACGCCUUCUGCAGCAAGCACGCCUCGGCCGAGGGGGCCAUCAAGAUCGUCAAUCUGCUCAACGAUGUUUACACCCGCUUCGACAUCCUGACCGACACGCGGAAAAACCCUUAUGUAUACAAGGUGGAGACGGUGGGAGACAAGUACAUGACUGUGAGCGGGCUCCCGGAGCCCUGUGCGCACCACGCCCAGUCCAUCAGCCACCUGGCCCUGGACAUGAUGGAGAUCGCCGGCCAGGUGAAGGUGGACGACCAGCCCGUCCAGAUCACCAUCGGGAUCCACACAGGAGAGGUGGUGACGGGGGUCAUAGGUCAGAGGAUGCCACGCUACUGUCUCUUUGGCAACACGGUCAACCUCACGAGUCGCACGGAAACCACAGGAGAGAAGGGCAAGAUAAACGUCUCAGAGUACACCUACAGGUGUUUGCAGUCGGCGGAGAACUCGGACCCUCAGUUCGAUCUGCAGUACCGGGGUCCCAUCACCAUGAAGGGGAAGAAGGAGCCCAUGAAGGUGUGGUUCCUGUCCAGAAGAACUCCCCUAGAAGGCACCGAGAACUGAACUCCUUCUAAACGGCCCGGUAGAAACGUACAACGAAAACCAUUUCCAAACACCCGGUUAGCGUACAACAAAAACUCCUUCUAAACGGCUUGGUAAACGUCAAACAAAAACCAUUUCUAAAUGCCUGGUUAACAUACAACAAGAAGCUCCUUCAAAUCGGCCUGGUAAACAUACAAGGAAAAAAAUCGAAACACCCGGUAAACAUAAAAUGAAAAAUCAUUCUAAAUGGCCCGUAAACGUACAAAGAAAACUCCAAACUCUGAAGAUAGAAAACAGAUUGAGAAUUGGCACAUUCGCAUAGGCUGUUGAACUGGAGUUUUUCGUCAGUGUAGUUGCUGCGGUUUGUGGGUGGGUGGGGCAGAGAAUUAGCCGCAAACCUGCCAUUUAAUUUGGGUGAACACGACAAUUUCGAUUUCAUUUUGAGUGCACUGCCCACCCCCCGUGCCCCCCUCGGUAACCUUGGUUACAUCUUGAUUCCUAGCUAGGAAACAUGACCAGCAUUACUUCAUCUCACAGUGUGGUGACUUCCUCCUCCAAGCAAUUUUAGGAAUAUAUGUCAAAUUAGCUCAUUGGAUGAACGACACCAAAUAUUGUAAAGUAUAUUAUAAAGAUAACAAUAAUAUAUUAUAUAUGGUAAAGAAUUUAUAUAGUAUAAGUACAUAUUUAGCUACAUGGAUUUGGUCAAAAGAGUUUUAACUUCAAUUCCCUUUUUAACAGUUAAAUUCAUAUUUUUAACUCAUCAUGCUUUGCUGUCAUUCCAGAGAAGUAGUCAACCCUCUCUUAGUGUGUUCCCUAACUCUCUAGUGUGUAUGAGUGUGUUCCUUUACUCUCUAGUGUGUUUGAGUGUGUUCCCUACCUCUCUAGUGUGUUUGAGUGUGUUCCCUACCUCUCUAGAGUGUAUGAGUGUGUUCCCUAACCCUCUCUACUGUAUAUGAGUGUGUUCCCUCACUCUCUAGUGUGUAUGAGUGUGUUCCC